AUGGUUCAUCUUGUCCAUUCUGCACUGUACUGGAAGCUUCGGUGCAUCCAGGACUCGUCGGCUAGCGAGGACGAGAACACCCCGCCAAACGUUUCGCGUACGCAGAGCCCCGAGGACAAGACCGCCAAGCAAAAGUACAGCGACGACAAGAACUGCGACGACGAGUGCUGCGGCAACAAGGGCUGGGACGCCACGUCUUUGACUGGAACCGCCACGCCUCCGUGGAUGUCGCCAGGCUUCACGAAGCUCAGCUACUCCAGGAGCAACACUAACCCGCCACCAUCGUCGCCGUCAUCGGCACCUUCUCCGUCUUCAGCGGAGACAGUGCUUUCACCUUCGCGUCGUCCUCUGGAGGUGGCCAGUCCGCCAACUUCAUCGCCUGUGAUGCUGGAAACAACUCCACGGCCGUCACCGCUGGUGGGCUCUCGCACGAAAGGCCUGCAGAACCGUCGAUCUCGCCGUGAGGGUGCGACUCCUUAUUCUCGACCCUGUCUCCUUCGCGACCAGAAAGGAUGCUCGGUGGCUAACCCGAGUGGUUGUAUUCGGGCUGCGAACGUGGAGUCUUCGGGACCAAAACUGCGUUCUCAUAUAACUGCGGACAUGCUCGUUCCUGUGCGCUGGCCCUAUGAUGUGGCUCACUUGCGAGAGCAAUACAAUCCCAUGGCGACAGUGUUUCCUGCUGUUCCCAAUUUUGGCUUGUGCAACUGCCAAGAUCCGUGCCGUUUCGACACUUGCCGCAAUGCCCUCAUGAACGUGUACUGCAACAUCAACUGUUGUCCGUAUGAGGGCAUGUGCGGCAAUGGCCUUCGGGAGUCUAACAAGGUGAGAAGUGGUCGGCCAGUACCUUGGCGAGCUGGAACACCUGAGCAUGAACAGGAGCGUCCGCCCGCGGAACACAGGCUAUCGCUUGGUGAUGAGGCAGCGCCCGGAGCGCCCUGA